GGAGACCAAAAGGUAUGAAAACUAUGAAAGAUAAAUCAUUAGCUGAUUGUAGAUUGUAUAAAGAAAAAUUAAUAGAAUUGAUUGUUGUGCACUCGAAAAAAUUGUGUCUUGCGUCAGAUAAUUUGAUUUCUGAAAAAAAGAAAGGAUUUGAAAUACUCGUAUAUAAUGCUGAUGUUUCUACUUUAGAAAAGAAUCACGCCUUUGAGGCAUUCAAUUGCCCGCAAGUAUCAAUUUGGAUUAUAAUUGAUGUUUUGUAUUCAGCUACUCAAACACCUACUAUUUCAUCUUUGGUUGUUUGCGGUCACCUAUUUAUCUAUUCGGUUGCACAACAAAGAUGUCUGAACCAACGCAGCGACCCAAAACUCUUGGUAGAAACCUUAAACCAAACUACCGGGGUGGCCCAGGCUUGA